AUGCAAAAUUUCUGGCUUUUCCCGAACCUGCUCGCUUCCGUCGUUUCUUCGGCGGGGGGAAUCAUCGCAUUUGCCAAUCCAUCGGCUCUGUCUGGAUCGUCUCAGGUUACCAAGGGGGAGCUUUAUUAUCAACGUAUGUACUCGGCACGUGCUCUACCACUAGGAGUUCUUGCGGGAAUCCUUCCAUUCUACUACGAUGGUCCAGCCGUAGCAUCGGCAGUUUUGGCAUCUGCGGUAGUUCAGGGACUGGAUGUGCUUAUCGGAUAUACCAAGGGAGAUAGAGGUAUUCGCCUGGACAUGCACGUUUGGAGACCAAAUUGA